AAUGCAAUUUCCGUGAAAAUUCAGAAGCUUUGAGAUAACAAUUAACUUACUAAACCAACGACACAUGCGAUACUUUGCUUAUACUUUGCAUAGUCAAGAGGAGAGAAAAGGGGCCGCUUUUUUUUUCUGGGUUUUCUCCAUCUCCACUUUCGUUAUCUGGUAUGAAUUCCCCCUUUUUCUGUGUUAAUAUCUCUUAUUUCUCACAUGGGUUUAACAAGAAUCAUGUUAUCUUGUGCUGAUUGAUGCUUUUAACGUUUGAUUCCUUAUGUUAUGUUUGUUGCGAUCACUGAGUCAAGUUGGGAUUUUUAUUUGGUGGGAUUUGAUUGAUCGGUGAAUUGAUUCUCAGCAAAAAUGAUGGGUUUGAGCUCCAUGGGUUUUGGGGGAGGUGGGAAUUCAUCGACAUCGAGUCUAUCUGCUUCUGCACCUCCGUUUACUGUCGAUAGAUUGAACCCUAAGCCCAAUUCAAACCCUAUGUUGCAUUACUCCGACUAUGGGGUUGAUUCCUUUCCCCAUUCCUCUCAGUAUCCGAUUAGAGCUGAUGCUGCAAUCAAUUCUGGUGAGAUGAUUAGCGUGCCUGCGCCAGAUGAUUAUCGAUUUUCGGCCUCUGCUUCUGUCAAUGCACCUAGCAGCCAGUGGUCUGCUCAUAAUUCUGGUUAUGGUGGUGAUGUGAAACCUUAUUAUUCAUCGUAUGUCACGCCCUUGGUUGGAGAGGAUAGGGUUUUGGGUGAGGAUGGGGGGUCUCGUUACAAUGUGGUGCCUACUCGUGGAAUGAGUGUGACACCUCAGCAUGAUUAUAUGCGAAGCUUGUAUGACUUGGAGUACGCGCCUAGUUGGGUGGAUGGUUUGGGCUUUGAUGAUGGAAAACUGGCCAAAAGAUCAGAGGUUGAUGGGAAAUUCUUGUCGGAGAAGCUAUUUUUCGGUGGUUCACUUGGCUAUGAAAAUCAACUGUACCAAGGUGGGUGUGGCAGUGAAAACCGUAACCAAUUCAAGGAAGAUUCUGGUGUUUUAUAUAAAAAUCCCCAUCAGGUUCUCGACCGUGAAGUCUAUACUGGGUCCUCAAGUACUGGAUACAUGGAAGAAAAAUCGUGCCUUGAGUUCUUUCACUACGAUUCAAGUAAGACACUUUACACAGCAUCGAGUCCUCCAUACCCUGAACCGUAUCCUCCUCUAGAGUCAUAUGCAACAGAGAAGAUCUUUCCAAAUUAUAAAAACUCUUGCAGCCCAUAUGAAAAAUGUGGCAAGCCCAUCGAUACAUCCUAUCAGGGUCGCGUUUCAGUAGGGAGAUCGUUGCCCACAGUGGUCAUUAGACCACCACCAGCUUCCAGUUUGGGACAAGGUAAUGCUUCUCGUAAACCUGCUGGUAGUGAGAAUGCUGCUGGAAUCCACACUGUGGAUUCUGAUUAUUCCAAUCCCUCGAAGCCUAAGGAUUCUGGUCUAAAACCCAUCUGCAAACCUAAAGGCGGCUUCUUUGAGAGUAGUCCUUUCAAGUUCUUCAAGCAAGGGAACUCUCCCGUUUCAUCAUCUUCCAUGAAAGAACUUUCACGGACACUGAAUACUAAGGAUACUUCUGAUUCCAAGGUUAAAGCAACACUAGGACCUCAAAUAUCCGAUGUGAAUGUAUCAAGUGGUAUCCCAAAGACUGGUGAUAACAUUCAAGUUGUUAAUUCCACUGAGGAGCCUUCGGAUUACAUAGAUCAUCAUAGCACUGCGGUAGAUUCACCCUGUUGGAAAGGAGCACCAUCUUCUCCGUUUUCAGUAUUUGAUAUUGAAUCAGGAAACUGUGAUAAUGUCAAGGUAAAUUUGGUCGAACAAUAUGGAUUUGGUCACGGAGAGCAUCCAAGUCUCCCCUUAUUUGAUUCUAACCGGGUUUUUACUGAGAAAGUUGAGUGCAACAUGGGAAAUGAAAAUGAAUGUGGAAGAAAUGGCAUGGAGCUUGGUUUUGAGAAAACUCUUGAUGCAAGCUGCUCGACUUCAGAACCGAGUUUAUUGGAUGGUAUAACAGACAGAGUUUGGAUCCCGCCUGCGACGAGGAGCAAGGAAGUUGAGUUGAGUGGUGGUUUUACAAAGGAUUCCAAUCAACUCAAUGACUUAACUAAUGUUUUUGAUUUGAAAGUGUCUGACCCCAAGCAUUUAUUCGGUGAAGGAUGUGUUGGGAUGACGGUAAAUGACGUCUCUGAAGGUGCUGCUGUGGCAGUCCUUGCAGCAGAGAAGGUUCUCGCCUCUCCUGCUUCUCAGGAAGAUACCAUUGAGCAUAGUGCAGCACCAGAUCCGAGACUGGAUGUGUCACCAAUUGUUAAGUCAAUGCAUAGCCUCUCAGAGUUGCUUCAGUUUCACAUUUCAAGUGACGCAUGGCCUUUAGGGGAAGAAAAUACUGAGAUGCUUAAACAUGCAAUAAGCAAUCUUAGUACUUGUUUGAGUAAAAACGGCGUACAGGUCCAACCAAAGAAUAAGCCAGAACCAAAAGAUAUUUCUGGAGAAACCUCCUCUCUAGGGAAGCCAUGUUGUGAGGGUAUUGUUUCAAGAGGUCCUCAUACGAAAUGUGAAGUUUUGAAUUCUUGCACCGAUCCCGAUUCUCUGCAAUUGCAUAAGUGGGAGAGAAUCGACACUAUUCAUGGUAAGAAAGAUGAGAUAUCACCAAUAGUUUCACCCUUGAAGGAUGAUUUUCACAUAACCGGAGACGAUGAUAUGGCGAAGGCUAUAAAGAAGGUCCUUGAGAAGAAUUUCGAGAUAGAUGAGGACAUGCACUCGCAAGCACUUCUGUUCAAGAAUCUGUGGCUCGAGGCAGAGGCUAAACUGUGUUCCAUCAGUUACAAAGCUCGUUUUGAGAGAAUGAAGAUUCAGAUGGAAGGCAUCAAGCUCAAAGCUCCGAAAGAGGAUGAAGAUGUUGCAGAUGUGGCAUCUGAGCCUUGCAUUUCUCCGGAUUCUGUUAUCAUGUCGGUGCUGGCUCCAAAGGCUCUUGCUGACACAUCGUCUAAACCCACCUCACCCGGUGUAUCUGCUUCGGGCAUGAGUGGCCCUGCUGGUUGUAACGAGUCUUCCGCCCUAGCCAGGUUCAGUAUCUUGAAAUCCAGAGAGGAAAACCGAAAUCCCAUAAAUAUGGAAGACUCCGUUCUAGCCAGGUUCAAUAUCUUGAAAUCUCGAGAUGAGAACCCGAAUCCCAUAAAUAUGGAAGACUCCGUUCAAGCCAGGUUCAAUAUCUUGAAAUCUCGAGAUGAGAACCCUAAUCCCUUAAAUAUGGAAGACUCCGUUCAAGCCAGUUUCAAUAUCUUGAAAUCUCGAGAGGAGAACCUGAAUCCCGUAAAUACUGAAGAGCAGCAACAGCCUGAGAUAAUCGACGAUAAGCAUGCAGAUUCCAUCAUGGCCAGAUUCAACAUCUUGAAAUCGCGAGAGAGCUCAAAACUAGCUGAUGUGGAAGAGGAAAAACCACCACAGGCGAUCAGUGACGAGUUUGCAGGCGAGAAAUAUUUCCGGCCACUCGUCAGAGGUCAGUUGGAAGACACAGGUCCAGACGUGGUGGUGGCUAUGCAGCCCAAUUUCCAUUAUCAAGCUGGCAGCCUUGUUGGGGGGUGUAGCGGAUCUGUCACUAAUGAUGCAGCAAGCGAUCUGGUGAAGAGCGGGAGCAGGCCAAUCGGUGAGAACAAGUCGGGGUGGCGCGAUAGUUCAUCCUCGUCGGAGUGGGAGCAUGUGCUGAAAGAGGAUUUUUCUUGGAAAAACUAG